AACUGUUUUAUACUUUUACCGGUCAACCAUUUCAUUUCCUAUUUUGGUCUUCGGAAAUUGGAGCAAUGGAGCGGUUCAUAGAAAACUUGCCGCCAAUGGAUCUGAUGCGGUCGGAGAAGAUGACCUUUGUACAGCUCAUCAUUCCCGUCGAGUCCGCUCAUCGAGCCGUCUCGUAUCUCGGCGAACUCGGUCUCGUGCAGUUUCGUGACUUAAAUGCUGAUAAAAGCCCUUUCCAGCGAACAUUUGUUAAUCAGGUAAAGCGAUGCGGAGAGAUGUCAAGAAAACUGCGAUUUGUCAAGGAACAAAUCAAUAAAGCUGGUCUUCUAUCUUCUGUCCAUCCUGUUUCAGGACCUGAUGUUGAGUUGGAGGAAUUAGAGCUGCAACUUGCUGAGCAUGAACAUGAGCUAAUUGAAAUGAACUCUAACAGUGAGAAACUUCGACAAACAUAUAAUGAGCUCCUUGAGUUCAAAAUGGUCUUGCAAAAGGCUGGUGGCUUUCUUGUAUCAAGUAAUGGUCAUGCAGUUACUGAGGAACUGGAGUUAAGUGAGAGUGUGUACUCAAACAAUGGUUAUGCUGACAAAGCUUCAUUACUUGAACGGGAGAUAAAUUCGGGGCCAUCAAAUCAGUCUGGUCUAAGAUUUAUCAGUGGGAUUAUUUGCAAGUCGAAAAUUCUAAGAUUUGAGAGAAUGUUAUUUCGUGCUACUAGGGGCAAUAUGCUUUUCAAUCAGGCACCAGCUGAUGAAGAGAUUGUGGAUCCUCUAACAGCUGAAAUGGUUGAGAAGACCAUAUUCGUAGUAUUUUUCUCUGGGGAGCAGGCAAGAACGAAGAUUUUGAAAAUUUGUGAAGCUUUUGGGGCAAAUUGUUAUCCUGUUCCUGAAGACAUUACUAAACAGAGCCAAAUAAUUAGAGAAGUUUUAUCACGUCUUUCUGAGCUUGAAGCCACGCUGGAGGCAGGCAUUCGCCACCGAAAUAAAGCCCUUACUUCCAUUGGAUUCCAUCUUACAAAAUGGAUGAAUCUGGUAAGAAGGGAGAAGGCUGUAUAUGAUACAUUGAAUAUGCUGAAUUUUGAUGUUACUAAAAAAUGUCUUGUUGGAGAGGGCUGGUGUCCUAUAUUUGCGAAAGACCAGAUUCAGGAGGUGCUCCAACGUGCAACGUUUGAUAGCAGUUCUCAAGUGGGCAUAAUAUUUCAUGCUAUGGAUGCUUUUGAAUCACCUCCGACAUAUUUUAGGACAAACCGUUUCACAAAUGCAUUUCAAGAAAUUGUUGAUGCCUAUGGUGUUGCUAGAUAUCAAGAGGCAAAUCCUGCAGUAUACACUGUGGUUACAUUUCCUUUUCUUUUUGCUGUUAUGUUUGGGGAUUGGGGUCAUGGAAUAUGUUUAUUGUUGGGAGCAUUAGUCCUCUUAGCUCAGGAAAGGAGGCUCAAGUCUCAGAAACUUGGAAGCUUUAUGGAGAUGCUAUUUGGUGGGCGCUAUGUACUCCUUUUGAUGUCGCUUUUCUCAAUUUACUGUGGACUGAUUUACAAUGAAUUCUUCUCUGUUCCUUUUCACAUAUUUGGUGGGUCUGCUUACAGAUGCCGAGAUAAAACUUGCAGUGAUGCGCACUCAGCUGGUUUAUUCAAAUAUCGAGAUCCAUAUCCAUUUGGCGUUGAUCCCAGUUGGCGUGGAAGUCGUUCAGAACUGCCUUUUCUAAACUCUCUUAAAAUGAAGAUGUCUAUCUUGUUGGGUGUGGCCCAGAUGAACCUUGGAAUUAUAUUGAGUUACUUUGAUGCACGCUUCUUUCGAAGCUCACUGGACAUAAGGUAUCAGUUUGUGCCACAGGUGAUCUUUCUUAACAGCCUUUUUGGGUAUCUUUCGCUUCUUAUCGUUAUCAAGUGGUGCACUGGUUCUCAGGCAGACCUUUAUCAUGUAAUGAUAUACAUGUUUUUGAGUCCCACUGAUGACCUUGGUGAGAAUCAAUUGUUUUGGGGCCAGAGACCACUUCAGAUACUAUUGUUGCUUUUGGCUUUAGUUGCAGUUCCAUGGAUGCUCUUUCCAAAACCUUUUAUUUUAAGAAAGCAACAUUUGGAGAGAUUUCAAGGUCGUGCUUACGGGAUACUUGGCACCUCUGAGAUGGAUCUUGAGGUGGAACCUGAUUCUGCACGACAACAUCAUGAGGAAUUCAAUUUUAGUGAGAUAUUUGUGCACCAAAUGAUACACUCAAUUGAGUUUGUUCUCGGUGCAGUCUCAAACACGGCAUCAUACCUUCGAUUGUGGGCUUUGAGCUUGGCGCACUCUGAACUAUCUACUGUUUUCUAUGAGAAAGUCCUCCUUCUUGCCUGGGGGUACGACAACCUUGUUAUCCGGUUAAUAGGUCUGGUGGUUUUUGCCUUUGCCACUGCCUUCAUAUUGCUCAUGAUGGAGACUCUCAGUGCUUUUCUACAUGCACUGCGUCUUCAUUGGGUGGAAUUUCAAAACAAGUUCUACCAUGGGGAUGGCUACAAGUUCAAACCCUUCUCUUUUGCCGCAAUAAAUGAUGAUGAGGAUUAGUUUUAUCAUAUAUAUCCUUCCGUUUUGGAUUUAUUUUUGGGAGAAAGAAGAGUAUGAAUGGGGGCGGGAGUAUUUUCAACUAUAGAAGCUGCAUAAAAUGGACAUCUAUAUAAUACCUUUUUGGCUGGCAAGAGGAUUUCUGCUUAUUUUACUCUAACAUUAUGCUGCACGACAUUGACGUAGAAUAGAAACAUGAAAUCAUGGCUCAUAUUCUCUGGAGUCUGGAGGUUUAAGUAUACAUGGGUUUCUGCUUACGGUCAGUCGUGUUUAACUUCCUUCGGAGAAGUUUGUAUUUUAAUUUUCAUUAUUAUUCUUUUACACAAAGGAGAAAAAGUAAAGAGGGCAAGGCAGGGUUGGGAACUUACUGUAAAGAGGAGUUGGGGAAUCUUUAUACUGUACCAUGUAGCUUUUGCAUUUUUUUUUUUUUUUUUUAACAGAAUCACACUAGUUAGUGUGGACAUUUCGGGGAAUUGGGCCUAUUUUUAAAAUUUUGUGUUAUCCUAAUGUAAUGAUUAGUUACCCAAUUAUACGGUUAUCCUAUAGAGAGUUUCAAGUUGAAUAAUUUCAAUUGCCCCUCGUUUAAGUCGUA